AUGCCACUGGGUGGAACUGUGAGAGGAGGAGAAGAGAAGAAAGGAUCAGAUUUGACACAUCAAAGAGGAAAACCAAACUUGGAGGAACCAGAGACGUCCAAACCAGCAAGACGACACCUCUGCUCCCAGAUUGGAAAGAGUUUUGCCAAGUUAGGAAGCCUGAAAAGACAUGAGAAGAGUCACACAGGGGAAAAGCCUUACCACUGCUCCCAGUGUGGAAAGUGUUUUAGACAGCAAGGAAGCCUGAAAGCUCAUGGCCGAAUACACACAGGGGAGAAACCUUACCACUGCUCCCAUUGUGGAAAGGGUUUUAGACAGCAAGGAAGCCUGAAAGUUCAUGGCCGAAUACACACAGGGGAGAAGCCUUACCACUGCUCCCAUUGUGGAAAGAGUUUUAACAGGUUAGGAGGCCUAAUAACUCAUGAGCGAAUACACACAGGGGAGAAGCCAUACCGUUGUGCCCAGUGUGGAAAGAGUUUUGGCUCGUUAGGAAACCUGCAAUCUCAUGCACGAUUACACACAGGGGAGAAGCCAUACCAUUGCACCCAUUGUGGAAAGAGUUUUCGCAUGUUAGGAAACCUGCAGUCUCAUCUGCGAAUACACACUGGGGAGAAGCCAUACCAUUGCGCCCAGUGUGGAAAGAGUUUUAGCAUGUUAGGAAACAUGAAAGCUCAUGAGCAAAUACACACAGGGGAUAAGCCUUACCACUGCUCUCAGUGUGGAUCUAGGUUUACCAGGUUAGGAAGCCUGAAAAGACAUGUGGACACACACCAAAGUCUUUCCAUUGCGCCCUGUGUGGAAUGAGUUUUAACCAUUUAGGGAGCCUGAAAAGACAUGAGAGAAUACACACAGGGGAGAAGCCUUUCCAUUGCGCCCUGUGUGGAAUAUGUUUUAACCAUUUAGGGGGCCUGAAAAGACAUGAGAGAAUACACACAGGGGAGAAGCCUUUCCAUUGCGCCCUGUGUGGAAUAUGUUUUAACCAUUUAGGGGGCCUGAAAAGACAUGAGAGAAUACACACAGGGGAGAAGCCUUUCCUUUGCGCCUGGUGUGGAAUGAGUUUUAGCUUGAUAGGAAACAUGAAAUAUCAUGAUCUAAAUACACCCAUGGGAGAAGCCUUACAAAUGUCACUUAUAAGGCAGGUGAGGAUCCACACAGAGAAAAAUAACUUAUCCUACUGUGUAAACUGAUAUUUCACAUCACAUUGACUUAAAAUUCAUCAGAGAACAUACACAGUGCUCCCAUUGUCUUAUUUUAUUGACUGUGUUUAAUUGUUUAUGAAAUUGAAUUGUACAAAGUAUACUCAAACAUAUAUUUGAAUGUUUUCAUUAGAAAACAUGAAGUGAAUAUGGAGUCUGUCAGUUUGAAUACAGAGUAGAUCAGAUUCCAUGUGUUUAAAUGGUCCUUUUUUAAAGUCUGACAUUGUGUGUUUAUCUGAGUGUGUCAUUCCUCCAGCACUACAGAUAAUCAGAAUAAGACCUUCAAAUAUGUCACCAUAACAACAGGCAUUUUACAAGCCUCCCACUGGUUGAAUAAACGUUGUUACC